GUCUCCAGCCUUAUCUGGUUAGGCCUGAGUUGAAAGCAAGCUGGUGACAUGCUGACAUGGUUCCCGGGUUACUCAGUAACCUUGCCCUCUUUAAAAACCCCACCGUUUCCCCCUGGCAUCCAGAACCGACCGCUUCUCCCUCCUGGGCACUGCUGCCAUGAAUACCUUCCUGCUCUCUGCACUGUGCCUCCUGGGGACCUGGGCAGUCCUGGCAGGGGGAGUCACCGUACAGGAUGGAGAGUUCUCUUUUUCUCUGGAGUCAGUGAAGAAGCUCAAAGACCUUCGGGAGCUCCAGGAGCCCAGCAUUCAGAACCGUAGGAAGAGUGGUGGGCCCGUGGUUCCCAUAGCCUGCAGCCACCAGAAGUUUCCCGAAGAACUCAAGCCUCUCUGCAAGGAGCCCAAUGCCCAGGAGAUCCUCCGGAGGUUGGAGGCCAUCGCCGAGGACCCGGACUCGUGCGAGAUCUGUGCCUUCGCUGCCUGUGCUGGAUGCUAGGACGGUCGGCUCGCUGCCUCCUGCCCCGGCCGAUGCUCCCACUGCCCGCAGCUCAGCCUACCCUGCCCCCAGGGGAGGCGUGAAGAGGGCGUGGCCUGGGGCGACCUGCGCAAGCACGGCCCCUGCCCCCCAAGAUCCCCUCGGACCCUCAGCUAAUAAACCAGAUCCCAGAGUA